UCCUUAAAUUUUCUGUGUUUAAUUAUUAAAUAUUUAGUUUAUAUAUUAGCUGUUAAUCGUAUAGUUAAUUAUGUGGAACUUCGAAGAUGUGCUUGAAGCGAUGCUCCGGGAUCCACAUGUCUUCAUCCUACCAGAGGAACUUCACGACGGCGUCGCGAACCGUGUGCGCAUUUGUGUCCUAAGCUCGAAUCAUCGUGGGAAUCGUGGGAAUGAUUUACAAAGUGUACCUACCCAUACAGAAGAUGGUAUACUCAUUAGAAAACUCCAUGUUUCAAAUCUACCCCCAGAGACAUCAGAGACAGAGCUGCUCGGAGUGUUUGCUCAAUACGGGUGCAUCAAAAGCUGUCAUCUGCAGAUGAGAGGCCGAUAUGCAUUUGUGACCUUCAUAAAUCCUACAGAUGCACACAGAGCACUCAUGGCAUCAUAUCAGAAGGUGAUGCUGCAAGGUUACCGGCUCAAAACAUCUCCCGCGGACAGUUGGCACCAACCUGUCGAGGAUGCUGAUGGCCAAGUCAGAUGGAAACCUACGAACCGGCAAUAUGGCAGGAUUUUAAAAUUUCUAUUAUUUUUUAUUCAUUUCAUUAUUAAUGCAGAAGAAAAAGAAACAUACACAAUAUUAGACAUACUGAACUGGGACUGUCUAGCGCAUGUGCUCAGCUUCGUUCCCAUCAUAGACUUGAUCCGGUCAGAGCGCGUGAGCAAGCGCUGGCAGUGUAUGGUCCAGGAGCAUUAUAAUAGUACGCGACUGUUCAAGACGUCAUGGUGGCAACACGGUACAGUGACGCUAACGACGUUGGUAUUACGGCGGGUGCUGCAGCGAUUGGGCCCGAACCUGAAACGACUGCACAUCGACAAAACCUUCCCGGCGCUCAACGACCGCACGCCGCACACGGUGGGCAAGUUCUGCCCCAACCUCGAGGAGCUCAAGGUUUUCGGGAUGGAUACUGAAAAUUGGAAUCCGGUUACUUCUGGAUGUAAAUUUUUAAAAGCAGUUUCCUUUCUAUCUUGCUCGGAGGUGUCUGACACAAGUUUACAACAAAUGAUGAAUAUAAAAAAAACGUCUAUAGAAAGCAUAACCGUAGCCGAAAACAGGCAAGUGACCGGUAUGUUCCUAAUGUUCCUAUCGGGCUCCGAAACGUUGAGGCUACACACGCUCUCCUUCUACAACUGCAACAGCCUGGAGGGCAGGCUAAUAUGCGACGCCAUAGACACGCUACCCAACCUCAAAACACUCAGGCUAGAUGGAUGCCCCGUCUCAAUGUGGGAAUUCGUACCACUCAUACUCAACGAACUACCACACUUAGAAGAGCUAUCACUCAGCGAUUACAAUUCUAUAAAGUUCAACUCAAAGCCCCUAGUCAAUAUUGACUUUUGCAAAUCAUUGUCGAAGAUGACCGAGUUGAGAGUUUUGAACCUCAGCUAUAAUAUCUACAUAACUGAUGCGAUAGUGAAGACGGUCGCGCAGACGUGCAGCAAGUUGGAGUCUCUCAAUGUCUCGGGUUGUAUUGUUAAAAAGUUCAACUGCUACAACUCUCAGCCAGGCGUGGGCGUGAGUGACGAGGGCAUCCUAAUGAUAUGCCGCUCGUGCAAGGCGCUCAGAGAGCUGGACAUCUCGUACCACGAGCUCCUGACGGACGCGGGUGUCGCGGCCACCGCGCGGUGCGCGCGCCUCGUCAGACUCACCGUGCGCGCCAACUCCUCGCUCACCGCCGCGCCCUUCGCCGCCGUGCUGGACGCCUGCGCCGAGCUGCAGUUGCUGGAUGUAUGCGGUGACGGCAGCGUGUCAGCUCACGUGCUGCUAGAAGCGGCUACGGCGGCGCUCGCGCGGACGCCGCGCCCGCUCAUGCUGCGGAUCGGGGGGACCGAAAUUGGAGAAAUCGCAGAGAGUUACCCGUCGCACAAGCUACUGGUAGUAAGCACCGAGGACCUGACCAGCAAGCACCUGUGGCCGGCGGACUUGAUGGACCAUGUCUUCGACGACAGCUCUGAAUACUCGUCCGACGACGACAUCAUUUAAAUCUUCAACGCAUUCGACUCCGAUGGAGACGAAGAUUGGUUGGAUGAUCUCGACUACGCGUAAGGGCUGUGUAACACGGCUGGGCCCAUGUAACAUAUCGUCGCUAUACUUACUCAACCUCAUAUCUGCAACAAUCAUUUGAUGGAAAUGUCGCUUUUCUUUCAUUCGAAUACGGGUGUUUUUGUCAUCAAAUGAGUGUUGCAGAUACGAGGUUGAGUAAGUAUGCUUAUUAUUUAUUUAUACACAAUCGGUGCCCAAUUGCAUAAUAAAGUACAAGAUUUUAUGCAACCAUGUUAUACCUCGCUUCCAGAAAAGUCUUUAUCUGUGAUUGUUUUUAUUUUAUUAUUAUUUAGAUAAGAGAAAUCAUAUAUUUUUUAUAUCAAUGUUAGUAGGAAACAGUUUGUUUCUGUUGAGUGAUGGUAACAUAUUCGUUAAAAACUGAUGCCUAACCUGUGAUGGACGGAGCUUGUAUUGUUAAUUAGGUUAAUUAUGGAAACUGUAAAGUCUGAAACAAUUGUGAUAGAAUUUUAUUUAAUUUCCCUUGUAACAGCACUAACAGCAGCUUAGUUUAAAUGUAAUAUUUUAGCAGGGAAAUUUUGUUAACAUGACACUUAUUAACAUUUUAAAUAGACUAAUUGUUACCGAAUUAAUGGGUGUCAAAAUUUUUAUAUAGUAUGCUAAUUUUCUAACCUCAUGAGGCCAUGUCCUCUAAAUCUCAAAAUUAUUUAGAAGAAAUUGCUUAUUACUUUUAUUUUAAUUUAAGAAGAACUAUUUUCUCUAGUUUGUUACUAAAAAAAACAAAAACAAAAAACAAAAAUGAAAAACAAAAAAAAACCUAUAGUGUGAUGUAAUGAUGUUUAUUUCCCAAUUUAGACAUUAUUUUAAGUUUAGAUUCCUUUUUCAGGAUUUUUUGUUAUUGUAUUUUUUUUCUUUUUAGCUCUUUAUACAUUGCAAUCAAAGAUGAUUAUAUUUUUCAUAGAGAGAAUGAGGUAAGUCUAAUAAUAAUGAUAAAAGUCACUUGUCAGUAACUAUCAUGAACUUGUUUUUCUUUAUAUAUUAUUGUAACUGGGUCAUUUAAGUCAUUUUGCAUUCAGAUGUUACUAGAAAUGAUUUGUGUUUUAGAAUUUAGGAUA